UUGAAUCUCUUGAGUCCAUUGAUCUUGAUGUUCCUAUUGCUAAGAGAAAGGGAAUGAGAUCUUGUACUCAAAAUCCUAUUUCUAGUUAUGUGUUUUACUCUUAUUUGUCAUCCUCAUAUAGAGCAUUUGUGUCAAAUAUUUUCUCUGUUAGCAUUCCUAAUUAUUUUUAGGAUGCUCUUGCUACCUCUGAGUGGAAACUUGCCAUGAUUGAGGAAAUGAAAGCACUUAGGAAGAAUGACACUUGAGAAUUGACUGAGUUACCUACGGGCAAACGACUUGUGGGAUGCAAAUGGGUGUAUAUUGUGAAACACAAAGCGGAUGGUUCUAUUGAGUAUUACAUGGCUAGACUUGUGGCAAAAGGGUCCACUCAGACAUAUGACGUUGACUAUUAGGAGACAUUUGCACCUGUGGCUAAGAUAAAUUCAGUCAGAGUAUUUCUCUCUAGCAGCUAAUCUAGAUUGGCCAUUUCAUCAGUUUGAUAUAAAUAAUGCCUUUCUCCAUGGUGACCUCGAAGAAGAGGUAUAUAUAGACAUUCCUCCUGGUUUUGAGGAUCAUCAGACAGAAGGCAAAGUAUUUAGGCUUCGGAAGUCAUUAUAUGGUCUUAAACAGUCUCCAAGGACUUGGUUUGAGAGAUUCACUUAGGCUAUGCUUAAAUAUGGCUUCAAACAGAGUCAGGCAGAUCACACCUUGUUUGUGAAACAUUCCUCACGUGGUAAGACUACAACACUUAUUAUUUAUAUAGAUGACAUAGUUCUUUCGGACAAUGAUAGUGAGGAAAUACCUCUAUUGAAGAAAUAUUUAGCCUGUGAGUUUGAAAUCAAAGACUUGGGAAGCUUGAAGUAUUUUCUGGGAAUUGAAGUUGCUCGCUCCAAGGAUGAGAUAUUUAUUUCACAGAGAAAGUAUGUGCUUGACCUGUUAAAGGAAACUGGGAUGCUUGGCUGCAAGGCCUGUGACACUCCAUUGGAACCUAAUCAGAAAUUAAGGGAUGAUGAAGGAGGAGAAGCUGUUGAUAGGGAGAACUAUCAGUGAUUAGUGGGUAAGCUCAUUUACCUAUCUCACUCCCGUCCUAAUAUUGUUGUUGCUAUCAGUGUGGUUAGCCAGUUUAUGUAUGCUCCUCAUCAGAUUCAUUUCGAAGCUGCCACGAGAAUUUUGAAGUACUUAAAAUUUGUUCCUGAUAAGGGUCUUUAUUUUUCAAAGUAUGAUUAUCUUCGUGUGGAAGUCUAAAUAGAUGCAGACUGGGUUGGAUUAGUAACUAAUAGGAGAUCGACUUCAGGGUAUUGCACUUUUGUUGGAGGCAACCUAGUUACUUCGAAGAGUAAGAAACAGAAUGUAGUUGCCAGGUCAAGUAUAGAAGCUAAGUUUAGAGCUACGCUUAUGGAUCAAGUUAUUGUUGAGUGAUCUAGGUAUUGAUCAAACAGACUCCAUGUGGUUAUGCUGUGAUAAUAAGGCCGCUAUCAACAUCACUCAUAAUCCGGUUCAACAUGACAUGACGAAGCAUGUUGAGAUUGAUUGCCACUUCAUUAAGGAGAAACUCACUAGUAGCACCAUAUGUACUCCCUUUGUGCAGUCUGGUGAACAACUUGCUAACAUCCUUACCAAGGGAGUUGGGAAUAAACUAUUUCAUGACAUCUUAGGCAAGCUGGGCAUGAGAGAUAUCUUCGCACCAGCUUGAGGGGGAGUACUAGCAUAAUAUAUUAUUAUUUGGGUUAUUAUUUUAUAAUUAUUCUAUGCCUUAGGACUCCCUUAUAAUUAUUAAUCUUCAUUAAUAUAAAUAGGGGAUGAUAUCCUAAUCAUUCCCUAAUCUUGAAUUUUCUAAAAUUAUCAUAUCCCUCUAUUUUGCACCCCAACUCUCUCUUUUAUACUUGACUUCUGGCCUGGCUCUUGGUUCUAAUCUUUCUUGUUUCUCUUCUUCCUCAUAUUUUCGGAGUUCUUCUUCCUCAUAUUUUCUAAGUUGGUAUCAAAGCAACAAAAAACACAGCAGUCCUAAAACCGUCAUAGCCAUGUCGGAAGUCACGUCCGAAACCACUUCAACCCCUGCCGCUGCCAUUCCGGUGAAAACGUCCAACUCUCACUCUGUCCAAAUCACCACCAUCCGCCUAAAUGGUGAUAAUUUUCUCCACUGGUCACAAUCUGUCCGGAUGUAUAUCCGUGGGCAAGGAAAGAUCAGUUACAUCACUGGUGACAAGAAGGCUCCUGCUAUUAAUGAUCCGCUAUUCGACAGUUGGGACGCUGAAAACUCCAUGGUUAUGACAUGGUUGGUCAAUUCCAUGGAGGAAGAUAUAAGCUCUAAUUACAUGUGCUAUACUACUGCACAAGAAUUGUGGGAUAAUGUUAGUCAGAUGUAUUCUGACCUAGGAAAUCAAUCUCAAGUUUUUGAAUUAACUUUGAAGUUGGGAGAUAUUCGUCAAGGAGAUGAUUCCGUCACCAAAUAUUUCAAUUCGUUGAAAAGGUUGUGGCAGGAUCUUGACAUCUUCAACACAUACGAAUGGAAAUCGGUUGACGACUGCAACCACCACAAGAAAACUGUGGAAGACAGCCGUGUAUACAAGUUUCUUGCCGGCCAACAUGAGUUCGAUGAAGUGCAGGAGAAUUAUUGGCAGACCUCCUCUCCCAUCCAUUGGCGAAGUAUUUGCCGAAGUCAGAAGGGAAGAGAGCCGAAGGAGCGUUCAUGCUUAAGAAAAGUAACGGUUGGAAUCAAUUGA